AAAUGUUUCCUCUGGCAGCGGCCGUAAACUCAAGAGCCGUCGCUGCAGAGAUCACAGAGCUGUGUGCAACUCUCUGACCGAGGAGAACACACAUCUGACCUUUGAUCCCUGAUCCUGAUCCUGGUCCUGGUCCUGACCACAGCAGCAGCAGCAGACAAAGUUCUGGUUCUGGUUCUCCUGCAGAAACCAUGAAAGUCGCAUCUUUCAACAUUCAGAAGUUCGGAAGGAGCAAAGUGUCCGACCCCGAUGUUCUCAACAUACUGACCAAGAUCGUGUCUCGUUAUGACAUCAUCUUGGUUCUUGAAGUUGUCGACGUCAGUGGAGAAUCUGUAAAAACCUUUGUUGACGCUCUGAACAAAUACAACAACAAGCAUCACUACACUCUGACCAUCAGCAGUCGCUUGGGGCGAACGCGUUACAAGGAACAGUUCAUGUUCUUGUACAGGGACGACAUGGUCGAUCUCGUGGGCUCGUAUCAGUUUGACGAUGAGCUGACAGAGGGAGGGGACGUUUUCGCCCGAGACCCCUACAUUCUGCGAUUCAGAUGUCUCAACACAGUGCUGCAGGACCUUGUGCUGAUCCCCGUUCACACCAAACCAGAUGACUCGGAGAAGGAGCUGGAUGAGCUCUACGAUGUUUUCCUGCACAUUAAGAAAAAGUGGCACACUGAUAACGUCAUGAUCCUGGGCGACUUCAACGCCGACGGCUCGUAUGUCUCCAAGAGAGCGAUGAAGGACAUCCGGAUACGUAACGACAAGAACUUCCACUGGCUGAUCAGCGAUGAUGUUGACACCACGGCCAGCACCGGCAACAACCACACCUAUGACAGGAUCGUGGUUUAUGGAGAUGACGUUCUUCAGGCUGUCGUACCAAACUCUGCCAAACCUUUCAACUUCCAGAAGGCGUAUGGACUCACUGAGGAGCAGGCUCUGAAAGUGAGCGACCAUUAUCCUGUGGAAGUGGAGCUAAAAUCCGACGAAGACAAUGGUGUGAAAAAGCAGUGGCAGCCUCGGUCUGUGCCUCUCGGGCUCGUGACCCUGGACCAGGAUCUGCUGGACCUGAAGAGAGAAAACCUGCUCCUGGAGAGAGAGAAGCUCCAGCUGGAGAUUAUGAUCCUCCGGAAGAAAAUGGCCAGGAUGAACUGUGGAGAUUAAGUUUAACAUCGUUCGACACAACCACGCAGUACCUCAACAUUUCAGUUCCAGAAGCAGCCGAGCGUCAGCGCCGCGGCCCGGGCUCUGCGGACGCCCUGCAGCGCGUCGCCGAGUCACUGGAUGAACGCGAGAAAUGAACAUGACACAGAUUGUAUGUUUUCUUCAGACUGAACACAUUUCUCACAUAAAAGCUGUAAUAAAUGAUGACUCUUUUUACUGA